CGUGGCUGCUGUUGCUGCUGAGGAGGCUGCUUUGCAAACGGCGGAGAGGAGCGGGGAGGAAGAAUCGGCAGCAACUUCUUCCAUACGCACGGGCAGACAACGAGGAGCAGCAGCAGCAAGCAGAAUUUGCAACAAAAAGAGGCAUCUCCCUUUCCCGGGGAGGGUGAAAAGAAGCAGCAGCAGCAGCAGAAUUUUGGAGCGGCUCCACCAGGAGAAAUUUUAUAGAGAAGCCUGCAAGAAAGAGUGUUUGCAGGGGGCUUGUUCUCCGGGCUGAUUAGGGGGCUGUCUUUGCUGGUGGUGCGGGGAGUGGAGGUGAUCCCCCUUAAAGACAAGCUAUUUUGGAUAUCCCCGUACAAGUUUUCUGAUGUAUUUGCUUGCACCUUCUUCCCCUGCUGUUUGGUGAACCCAGCCCCCUCUCCCCCCCCCACCGGUCUCCCAAGGAUGGAUCAUUCCCAGUGCCUUGUGACUAUAUACGCCUUGGUGGUUCUGCUGGGUCUCCGGCUAGAGCAGGGCGCCUGCCAGCACUAUCUGCACAUCCGACCGGCUCCCAGCGACAACUUGCCCUUGGUGGAUCUAAUCGAGCACCCGGACCCUAUCUUUGACCCCAAGGAGAAGGAUCUUAACGAGACCUUGCUAAGGAACCUCAUGGGCGGACACUUCGACCCUAACUUUAUGGCUAUUUCCUUGCCCGAGGACAGGCUUGGAGUGGACGAUCUAGCUGAGCUGGACUUGCUGCUCAGGCAGAGACCCUCGGGAGCGAUGCCCAGCGAAAUCAAAGGGCUGGAGUUUUACGACGGGCUGCAGCCGGGCAAGAAGCACAGGCUGAGCAAGAAGCUGCGCAGGAAGCUGCAGAUGUGGCUCUGGUCCCAGACCUUCUGCCCGGUCCUAUACACGUGGAACGAUCUCGGCAGCCGCUUUUGGCCCCGGUAUGUCAAAGUGGGCAGCUGCUACAGUAAAAGGUCUUGUUCAGUCCCAGAAGGCAUGGUUUGCAAACCUGCCAAGUCCGUGCAUUUAACGAUCCUGAGGUGGAGGUGCCAGCGUCGGGGAGGGCAGAGGUGCACAUGGAUACCCAUCCAGUACCCCAUCAUUUCGGAGUGCAAGUGCUCCUGCUAGGGCUUGCACUUACCUUUUCUCGCCCCUUCUCCAGCGGACUCACGUGGACCUUUGCUGCAACAAAAAUAAAAGACAUUUGCUUUCUGGUUAACGUUGUAAUGCACUGUAACGUGUAGGAGAAUGUAUAUUGUGUGUAUAUAUGGCACCGUUUUAAUAUACUAUUAAAAGGUCAGUAUUAUACGUGAAAUAAUCAGCGUCUACUGUAUUUUUAAGACUAUUACCCUGAUCGUUGCUAAUGUAUCUUUUUUUUUUUUUUGGUAUUUAUAUUGCAGAGAGAAGUUGCUUCGCUUUGGCGAAGUAGGUUUUUUGUUGG